CUAGUCGUCCUCGUAGCAUCUGACAGGGGGCGGCGGAGCGGUUCACGCUGCUCUGUGUCAGCUCUGAGUGCCUGAGGCUGCUAGGGGGACGCGGCGGCUGGAGGAGCCGGCACACACUUCUCUGGAAGGAGCCGGGGACUCUCAGCAUGUGCCGCCGCCGCCGCUCAUAACGGAGAGAGAGGGCUCUGACCGGGGCUGUGUGUUAUUGUCAUGGCGCUGGGAGUGCGGCCGGAGCUCGUAGGGAAACGCUUCGUCUGCUUGGUCCUUGGAGGAGGAGAGGAGCCGCCGGAGAUCGGGGAGAUCGGGCAGAUUGGUCGCUGGGGCUGGAGAGCCGGGGUUAUACGAGCGGUGUCUCACAGGGACAGCGACAACCCAGAACUGGCGGUGUAUGUGGAAUUUGAUGACCUGGAAUGGGAUAAACGAGAGUGGGUGAAAGUGUAUGAAGAUUUUACAGCCUUUUUUGUGGAGUACCAGCUGGUCUGGGCUAAGCGAAAAGACCCCAGCCAGUCUCAGGGAUCAAAGGUCAAGCACAUCCAGUGGCCUGCAUUGGCAUUUAAGCCCCUGGUUGGAAAAGGUGCAUAUAAUUCAAUUACUGCAAUAGAAUUCUUAGUAGAGAGACACCUGGAGUUUGCAACUGAAGAUAGUGCCUUUCAGCCCUAUCAGGAUGAAGUAGAUAGUCUCAACCCAGUUCUCAGGGAUAACCCUCAGCUUCACGAAGAGGUGAAAGCCUGGGUCAAAGAACAUAAGGUUCAGGAGAUUUUUAUGCAAGGUCCAUAUUCCUUAAACGGCUAUCGAGUGAGGGUAUACAGACAAGACUCUGCCACCCAGUGGUUCACUGGCAUAAUCACCCACCAUGACCUAUUCACCCGCACUAUGAUUGUUAUGAAUGACCAGGUACUAGAGCCACAGAAUGUUGACCCUUCUAUGGUUCAGAUGACCUUUCUAGAUGAUGUUGUUUACUCUUUGUUGAAAGGGGAAAAUAUUGGUAUCACAUCUCGCCGGAGGUCUCGCUCCAAUCAGAACAGCAACACAAUUCAUGGUCAUUACACGCGUGCACAAGCCAAUAGUCCCAGGCCAGCAAUGAACUCGCAAAGCUCCGCAUCCAAGCAAGGUCAGCAGCACAGAAACGCCCGCUUAAACAAGAGGAAAGGAUCGGACAGCAGCAUGCCUGAUGAAGAUAGGAUUAAAGAAGAGAGAUACGACGGCACAGGUAGAGCAGAAAACCUGAAAAGGAACAAACAUUUCCACAGCAAAAGGAGGAAACCCGAGGAGGAUGAAAAGAAAUUAAUUUUGAAAAGGCUGCGCACGGACAAUAUUUCCGACUUCUCGGAGAGCAGCGACUCAGAAAAUUCAAAUAAAAGGAUAAUAGAUUCUUCCUCUGAGCAGAAUUCCGAGAACGAGCUGAAAAGCAAGAACACUUCAAAGAUAAACGGAGACGAAGGAAAAUCCCAAAGUAGCGACGGGGCUGAGGAACAGACACUAAUAGAUAGGCAUUCUCCCUGGGAUGAAAUACAGGACGAUAAAAAGGAAGCGGAGAGAAUGAAGUCAGCUGAGUCCCAGCUGCAGGAAGAUAAACCUCCGUUUCUUCUAUCGGAGCAGACAGCACUUUAUGAGCAGAAUCCCAAUAACCCGCAUGUUCUAGAUAGCCUAGCGGAGAAGAGCAACACUACGGAAUUGUUACAAAUGGAGCCGCUCGUCAGCAAGCCCCCCACGCCAAAAAAUGCCAUUGUCUUAAAUAACGAAAACAAUGCCAACGAGGCAGUCCAAGAAAGCGGCGCCGGAACGUUCGGCUCGCAGCCCGUUCCCAAGGUGGAGUUACAAAGCGGAGAAUUAAAGCCUUCGUUUGGAAGCAUCGGUUUUUCCGAUUCGAAGAGGCAGGAUACGGAACAAGCGUGGAACGAGGUGAACAACAAAGGAGACUUGGGCGUGUUAAAGAAUUGCCAGUCAGCCAAGGACGCCCACGAGAGAGAGAAGAUCCAGCACGGCUCUGUCAUCGGUAGCACUUCCCUAACAGAUGAGCAGAAGAGGCUUCAGAAGCAAACCCUGGACGCCAUGAAGGCCAAACCUCACAUCCCAGAGGUUUCCAGCAAAAUAAAGUAUAACGCCUCGCCGGACGUUAUCAAGUCGCGGUCCGUCCACUCCCCAGACCCCGUGAAGCAGAAAAUGAACUAUCACAAUAGUCAGACGUCUGGCAUUGUAAGGUCCUCCAGCAAAUUGGAUUGCGACCCACACAGGUCCAGUUUUCACCCGGUGGCAGCCAGAGUGAGCGCCAUCGAGUCUACGAAAAGUCCUCUUAUCAUAGACAAAAACGAACACUUUACCGUUUACAGGGACCCAGCACUUGUUGGACCAGAGACUGCAGCGAAUCACAUAUCUUCUUAUUUGCACCAGCAUAACUUUGCUCUUCAUUCUCCAGCUCAUCGAACAUGUUUACCUCCAAACAGCCACCACCCGGCACUAACAGGAAACCCUCACCUACUCACGUCCUCCUCAAACCAAGCAUCUAUAGCUGCUAUUAAUACUCACCCGCUUGGCAGUGCAUCCCAUCAUCCAGUUCAUCAUCCUCAUUUACUACCUACUGUGUUACCUGGCAUGACCCCAGGUUCCUUACUAGGUGGCCACCCACAGCUAGAGACUGCACAUGCCAGCAGCCUUAGUCAUUUGGCAUUGGCACAUCAACAGCAGCAGCAAAUGUUACAGCAUCAGUCGCCACACCUUCUCGGCCAAGCUCACCCGUCGGCUUCUUACAACCAGCUGGGCCUUUAUCCUAUCAUCUGGCAGUAUCCAAAUGGCAGCCAUGCUUAUUCCGGUCUUGGCCUGCCAUCGUCAAAAUGGGUUCAUGCAGAGAAUCAUGUGGGUGCUGAAGCCUCAAUAAGACGGAACACCGCCAGCCCCUGGCUGCACCAACCCACCCCUGUGACUUCAGCUGAGAGUCUCCUAAUCGGCCACUUACCGGUGCGCCCAUCAAGCGCAGACGCACACCGACCCAUCAAGCUCUCUGUGCACUCCAGCCCGCCUUUGUCCAAACCAGCAGCAGAGCACCACAAGGAAGAGAUCGACAAGAAAGCUUUCAGUGAACCCUUACGCUCAAUAGCAACAGUAAAGUCUGAACACGAUCAUGGCCGGACUCAUGCUGGCAAGGACAGCCACAUGAGCCACAUACAUAGACAUUACAUGGAACCUGUUCUGAGCCACUCAAAGCUGCAGAGGGUCCCGCAGGAUUCCGGAGAAAGGCCAAGUAAAUAUAAGGAGGAACACAGGCGGAUACUUCAAGAAAAUACAGAAGCGUCACCCUUUCCGAUGAAGGUGAAAGCACAUGAGAACGAGCGUGACAGUUAUCCCAGAGUAACGUCCAUCGUCUCCUCCAGCCCUAAAAGCCACGUGGUGAAACAGGAGAACAACAUUGACCGCCAUAUCACUGAGCUUUAUAAACUGAAGAACUCAGUCUCUCAGAGUUUACCGCAAAGUAACUAUUUUACCACCUUAUCGAACAGUGUGGUCAAUGAUCCGCCGCGGUCGUUUGCCUCGAAGGAAGUGGUGAACUUGUACCCUGAAAAGCAGAAUUGCACCCCAUCCUCCGCCAGUUCCACUACGCUCAAUUCGUACAUGUCGUCCCUCUCCAAGCCGCCGCCGCUUAUCAAGCACCAGCCUGAGGAGGUGUCGGCGGGCAAGCUAAGCGAGCCACUUUCUCAGCAAGUGACAAGCCACACCAUCACUUCCUACAGAGGAGACAGCCGGAGUCCCACCCAGCUAUCCAUUUCAUCUACUAACACCCUCCGUAGCAUGCCUGCCUUGCACAGAGCCCCUGUUUUUCACCCGCCCAUCCAUCACAGCUUGGAGAGAAAGGACGCAAGCUACAGUAACCUUUCACCGCCCACCUUAACUCCGGUGCAGCCAGUAAGCACAGGCAGCAAAAUUCAAGAGCUUCAGAAGCCUCCAACUCUAGUUCCUGAGCCCAAAGAAGGUUCCAGCACGUACAAGAAGACCCCAGAGAAAAGCAUCCAGGAUGGGUGGAAAGCGAACGAGAAGCAGAACAUCAGCAAAGGGGUGUGGAUUCCAGAGAAGAGUAACGGCAAGGUGCAAGCUGCGACUGCCUCUGUCAUUGUGCGCCCGUCAUCGAGUGCAAAGUACGAUCCCAUUCCAAUGGCGCAGAACCUCUCAAAGGAGAGAGUUGGGGAUAAACCCUUAGCUGGGGUAAAUCAGACUGAGUGCUUAAAGCCUCUGGAACCCCGAGAGACAGCGAGGAUCACCCAGCCGCCUGUCUGCUCCGACGGUGCUCUUGUCAAUUCGGGUAAGGGAUCUCCUGCUCCCUUGCACGUCGCCAACUCUGUUGCACCAGGAUCCAGUGUUAUGUGCAGCACGAAAACCGACGUGACCACCUCUGCUCCCACGACCACGAGUGUUUCCAGCAGCAGCGGAUCGGAGGUGACCUAUUCCCUGUCCAACUACUCUGUGUCAGCUUGUGCCGUAAUAGAAUGUAACACCUCCAAGACUGGAAACCCAACCAGCGCCCAAACCCCAGAGAACCAGGUCAUCAACCCAGCUCCAGUUACUCCAGCGAGUGGCAAGGCUACAAGUGCAAUUCAACCCAAUGCUGCCUAUUCUAGUUCCAGUGACUUCAUCCACCUGAAAAAGCACAAGGCAGCGUUGGCGGCAGCUCAGCUGAAAAGCACCAAUGCCAAUGAGACGGAGCCCAGUGCUGUGAAAAAUCCCAAAUUGCCUGCAUCGAGUUCCCCGGAUGGUAACGUGGCCUGCAGUUCAGCCAAUGCAUUGAGCACUUUAGGCAACGGGCCUGUUGCCCAGCCUAACUACCACACAAAAUUAAAGAAGGCCUGGCUCACAAGGCACUCAGAAGAAGAUAAAAACAUUAACAAGCCCGAGAGCGCAGGCUGCACUGUGGUCUCGGAAAUCAUUAAGCCUUGCACUGUCAAUCUCAUAGCCUCAACCUCCGAGGAACUUCAGAAUAACCUUGACCUCCGAGCGCAGGACGAUAAAUCUCCCAAAGAGGAUAGGCUGACCAGGAGGAGAGUCAAAAGGACUUACGAAUCUGGUUCGGAGAGCGAGGACUCUGACGAGAGCGAGAGCAGGUCAGGGCCGAGGCUCAAACGCCAGCCGAAGCCGACGUACAAAAAGAAGCAAAACGAUAUGCAGAGGCGGAAAGGCGACACAGACAAAGAGGAGGAGUGCAAACCCAAUGGCAUUCUCAGCCGCAGCGCCAAGGAGAAGAGCAAACUAAAGCUGCAGAGCAGCAGCGGCAACACAGGCAUCCCUCGCUCAGUAUUAAAAGACUGGCGGAAGGUGAAGAAGCUGAAGCAGACGGGCGAAUCCUUCCUGCAGGACGACUCCUGCUGCGAGAUUGGGCCCAACCUACAGAAGUGUCGGGAGUGUCGGCUCAUUCGCACCAAGAAAGGGGAGGAAUCCACCCACUCGCCCGUGUUUUGUAGAUUCUAUUACUUCCGAAGGUUAUCAUUCAGUAAAAACGGGGUGGUACGAAUAGAUGGGUUCUCCUCUCCGGAUCAGUACGACGACGAAGCCCUCAGCCUGUGGUCACAUGAGCAUUAUGAAGAUGAUGAGUUGGACCUGGACACGAUCAAAUAUAUCUUGGCUUAUAUUGGGGAUAAGUUCUGCCAGCUCGGCACCUCGGAGAAAGCCGCUGUGUCCUGGGUGAAAAAGGAUGCAAAAAUCGCCUGGAAGCGGGCGGUGCGCGGCGUGCGGGAAAUGUGCGACGCCUGUGAGGCCACCUUGUUCAACAUUCACUGGGUCUGCCAGAAGUGCGGCUUUGUGGUCUGCCUGGAUUGCUACAAGGCAAAGGAAAGGAAAAUAUCCAGAGAUAAAGAGCUGUACACUUGGAUGAAAUGCGUGAAGGGGCAGCCGCACGAUUACAAGCACCUCAUGCCCACCCAGAUUAUCCCUAGUUCAGUUCUAACGGAUCUUCUGGAGGCCAUGCAUCAUCUCAGAGAUAGAUUUGGAAUCAAAUCCCACUGUCACUGUGCCAGCAAGCCGUGCCCCCCGGCGCCCAAGUACCCGGCCAUGAAUGGCGUCUCACAGGUAUUGCAGAACGUCCUCAACCACAGUAACAAGAUAUCCCUGUGUUUGCCUGAGUCUCCGCAUCAGAGCUCGCCCCAAAAGCCCGAAACCAACGGCAACGCGAGCCCGGGAAGCGACUCCAGCACCGACAGCAAGCUCACCUCCUCCGAGUCCCACUCCUCUCUGCACUGGCUGGCAGACUUGGCGGAACAGAAGUCCAGGGAAGAAAAGAAAGAGAACAAGGAGUGUCCCGGUGGGAAACAUAUCAAGGAAGAGCGAGACCAAGAGGUUUCUGAGACUGUAAACUGCAAGUCGUCCCCGACGUCCCAUAGUAACGAGCAGGGUUCCACGUUACGCGACUUGCUUACCACCACCGCUGGGAAGCUGCGCCUUGGCUCUACGGACGCUGGCAUUGCAUUUGCACCUGUCUAUUCAGCCUCAAAUCCAUGCAAUAAAGGGGGCCGGUCCAUGCCGAACAUCUUGGAUGACAUCAUUGCGUCAGUUGUUGAAAACAAAAUUCCAGCCACCAAGACUCCCAAACCCAUUGUCCAGUCCGAGCCAAAGGAGGAAAUCGUAGAGGUGCCCCUGGAGGAGCCGGAGACCGAGCACCAGGAGAUCCCCCAUUCCUGGAUCUGCGAUAGGCACAUUCUGUGGCUAAAGGAUCACAAACACAGCCGCAACUGGAAGAUGUUCCAAGAAUGCUGGAAACAGGGCAAGACCGUCGUGGUGUCUGGGACGCACAAAAGAAUGAACGCCAAUCUGUGGAAAUUGGAGGCAAUCAGCAGUGAUUUUGGGGAUCAUCAAGGAGACCUCCUUAACUGCAAAGAAGGCAUUGUGUCGAGCGGCAACGUCACUGACUUCUGGGAAGGAUUUGAGGAUGUUUCCAAGAGGCAGAAAGUAAAGAAUGGGGAGACCGUCCUCCUGAAACUGAAAGAUCAGCCCUCGGGGGAGGACUUCAAGAACAUGAUGCUGGCAAGGCACGAAGAGUUCUUUAAAAUGCUCCCUGUACCGGAAUACUGCAACCCCGACGGGAAGUUCAACCUCGCCUCUCACAUGCCGUCAUUCUUUGUGCGUCCGGAUUUGGGCCCCCGAAUGUGCAGCGCAUAUGGAGUCAUAGCAACGAAGGAUCAAGACACGGGCACGACGAACCUUCACAUUGAAGUGUCAGACCUGGUCAAUAUCCUCGUCUAUGUGGGCGCUGCCAAGGGCCUUGGCGUCAUGCCCAAAUCUGGGGUCUUAAAGAAGUUUGAGGAGGAAGAAUUGGACGAACAUUUAAGGAAGAGGCUGAAGGACUCCGGGGAGGUCCCUGGCUCACUAUGGCACAUAUACGAGACCAGAGACGCCGACAAAAUACGAGAGUUUUUGCACAAGGCAGCAAAAGAGCAGUGUCUGGAGAUACUACCUGAUCACGACCCAAUCAGAGACCAGAACUGGUACCUUAGCAAGAAACUCCGCCAAAGCCUUCUGGAGGAUUAUGGGGUGAAAAGCUACACACUGGUCCAGUUCCUUGGGGAUGCCGUCAUAUUGCCCGCUGGAGCUAUCUAUCAGGUGCAGAAUUUUCACAGCUGCAUCCAAGUGACUCAGGACUUUGUGUCUCCGGAACAUCUCGUUCAGUCGUUCCAUUUAACGCAGGAACUUCGGCAUUCUAAGGAAGAAAUCAAUUACGAUGAUAAAUUGCAGGUUAAAAAUAUCCUAUACCAUUCAGUGAAGGAAAUGGUAAGAGCAUUGAAGAUUCACGAGGAAGAUAUGGAAGAGAUGGAGGAGAGCUAAACUAUCCGAACCAGAGUCCAAAGACUUCUCUCGAAGGAAGGGACCCCCCCGCGCGCACUCGCCGAGGGACACAUUGCACAACCCCCCCGCCUGUGCCAAGACUGCCUGCUCCCAGUAUUUCUGUGUUACCAACACCGCACCAGUAUCAGUCAUUAUCACAGAGACCCACCCACGCAGAGCCGGAAACCCCGCCCCCUGCAGGAGUCCAACCCUUUGCGUGAUGGGGGGGAGGGGCUGGCACCGGUUCCAGAGCACGGACGCGCCGCCCGCUACACUGUACCAUAGUGUAAAUUUAAUGUUUCUGAAAAAAAAACAAAACAAAAAAGAAAAAAUGUUCAAAAGAUUUAAAUGUAUUUAUUUUUCUGAAGACAAACAAAGUUCAACAAAGGUUCUACACUAUAUUGCUGAUCAAAUGUAAAUGUGACUGUAUAGUUUGCUAAGAGAACUGCGAUAUUUUUCACUACAUUGAGACAGUAACUGUGAGGGUUAAACACAAAUCACCAGCUAUUGCCUGCGUUUAUCCGGGAGCAUCCAUGACACGGUCGGAGAGAUUUUACUGCCAAAUACCCCCCCUGUACACUUUGUAUAUGAUAAAAAUGGCCGCCGCCGAGUACAGAGACAGACACUUCAAUGCUUGGUUGAAGCCGAUUCAGUGUAGAAUUCGCCAUUUACAGGAGAUGUAAUUUAUUUCAGACCAAGUUGUCUCGUUAUUUUUUUUUUUUUUGUUUUGGUAAAAUUUAUGUGAAACUUUUGGAGCUAAAUAUGAAAGUUAAUAUGCUAUGUAAAUAUAUACAUAUUAUAUACAUUCAAUGAGGUAUUUUUUUAAAGACAUUGGCUUGCUUUAAUUUGUUAUAAGUGCAAGUGUUACACAUGGCUUUGUACAUUCAAGUUGAAAGGGGUUUUACAUUUUCCAUUAAAAAGACUUUCUCGAACGUCA